AUGGCGACGGUUUCGCAGAAUGUCGUGAUUAUGGCAUUCAAUGACACUCUCGAUAUUGAAAAGGCAUAUGCAUGGAACCUACAGCAGAUUUUUCGUUUCAUUGAGCAUGUUGCUUCGUACAGCUACUUGUACGAUGUCCCACCUGAGGAGAGCCUCUCAUUGGAAAGCAUGAGGAUAGAGCUUGAGGAACUGUGGUACGUACUCAGCAGCUUUGAUCAACUAUUAAAUACAUGA